AUGAUUCCGUCCAAUGCGCGUGCCAGAUCUCCACCAAUCAGGGCCCGCCGCGUGUGGGUCGCAUCGUGCCUGGCUCUGGCGUGCGUCGCGUGGGGCGCAGCGUUUCUCUUCCGCUUCACCCGCCCCGCGCGCGGGGAGUGGGUCGCGGCGGGGGGCGGGGGUGUGGUUGCUGGCGGGAAUGGCUCCGACUGGCGAGGCGCGCAGGCGUGGAGGUGGUUGGGGGAAGGCUGGAAGGGAAUGAAGCAGCGGAUUCGUGACGCGGCGUCGCCGCACGGGCUUCAAAAUUCGUCGGCUUCAGGGGAAGUCGUAUCUGUGGAGGUGGAUGGAUGGAUGGACAUGCGCGAGGCGGCGAGGCUGUGGCAGCAGCGCGUGGGGUGCGCGGAGUUCAGGCGCAAGCAUGCGCGCGACGACGCCCGUGGCCACGGCGCGCAGGCGAAGCGAGGACCAGCAGCGUUCCCCCCCAAUCCCAGCCUUCAGGACGUGAACUCGCCCGCAUGUGCGUCGCUCAACCUCUCCCACGUGGUGGUACACGUGGAGCAGCCUGAUUGGCUGGAGCCCACUGGGCUGGAUGGCUUCCACGUGUGCCCCAGAUGCAGCAUCACCUGCCAGCUCUCCUGGAACCCCUCCCAGCUGCCCGUCAACCCCCACGCGCGUCUCUUCGUGCAUUCCCCCGACGCCAUGCCCCUCACGCGCGCGCCCACUGCGCCGCUACGUGUGCUGCUGCAGAUGGAGGCGGACGGGGCGCUGGCAGGAGCGCAGGCGCAGGGGCGCGUGGACGUGGGCGUGGGGUACGGGGCGGGGGGCGCAGUGCAGGUGACGUAUGUGGACGUGGAGCGCACCCUCAGGGCGGGCAGGCAGCACCUGCUGGCCGACAGGAAGCGCCAAGACGUGCUGGUGCACCACGCCUCCUCCAACUGCGAGGUGCCGUGGCGCACACUGCUGCUCCAGUCGCUGCUGCCGCGCCUGCCCCACCACAGCUUUGGCGCCUGCAGCAACAACAUGGGCGGCACCAACCGCGAAGCAGUGCUCUACCCUGCAUGCUCGCAUGCGUACGUGGGUGAUCAGCGGCAGGAGGUGGCACACUGUGUGAAGUCGCACUACAAGUUUGACCUCGCUAUUGAGAACACCCGCGCCCCCAACUAUGUCACUGAGAAGUUCUACAGUGCACUUGAAGCAGGGACAGUGCCGGUGUACUUUGGAGCGCCGGACAUUGCCAGCUUUGCGCCGCCCGAGUCGUUCAUUGACGGGCGGCAGUUUGCCUCCCACCAGGCCCUGGUGGAUCACAUCAAUCGUCUCCACAGUGACCCGGUAUCAUACAUGCAUUACCAUGCUUGGCGCUUCGGAGGACUCGCUACGCCGAUGGCGCUCACUCGCGCGCUGCCGACGUGGGUGGUGGAGGUGUCGCGGCACCGCGAGCCGAGCAGAGACGCGGUGAUAGCGGCCGUCGAGCACGUCGCCGCUGAGCCGGCCAGCAUUCUGCUCGUCCACGUCAUCACCGAGGUCCCCUGCGGACGCAAUCGGACGGUGGCAGCGAGCGAGGCGGACGGCAAGGCGGCGACGGAGCACGCGAAGAAGCUCGUCGACGUGCUCCUCGAGCCGCUCCUCGCGCUCGUCCGCGCCGCCAAAGCGCCGUGUUCCGCGGUGAUGGAGCUCAACGACUCGCGCCACGACGGCCUCGUCGCCGCCGCCAGGCGCGCAACCGCGGAUCGCGUUUACAUGGGCGCGAAGAAGAGGCUGUUGGGGUGGUCGUCGUCGGCGACCGUCGCGCAGUGCCAGGCGAGUCUGCCGCCCGCCUGCCGCCUCUUCAUCGCGCAGGGCGGCUCGCGACUGCAGAGCCUUCACGCCGCGGGGAAGGCCCACUCCGCCCACCCCAUCCCCCCCCCGUUUUACACCUUCCCCUCCUCCACCUCCGCGCCUUCCUCCGCCACGCCGCUCCCCGCCGCCCCUACCGCUUCCGCAUCCGCCGCGGCCGUGCAACAGUCGCCGCGCGGCCUCCCCCCCUCGUUCUCCUCCACGUCGCUCCCCCUGCAAGCCCCCGACGCCGCGCUCGCCUCCCCCUCGUCGAUCUCCUCCGCCUCCGCGCGCUUCCCCUCUGCGCAGGGCCAGAUGGAAACCGUGCAGCAGCAGGUGGGGGCGGGAAGAGAGGCGCCGGGGAACGCGGAGGAGAGCAGGCAAAGGGACGGGUGGGGGGCGCACGCGCGCGGGCAUAGGUCAGCGUCGUGCGGGGGCGGGGAGGACGCGGACUCGGGGCUGCUGUUGCAGCAGCUGCAGGAGCUGAGCGCGCAGGCGGCGCAGGGGGGAGAAGGGGCGAGCCGGGCGGAGUUGGAGCGGCAGCUGCAGCAGGUGGUGGCGCUGCAGCAGCGCAUUCAGCAGCAGCUCCGCGGCAGCCCGCUCCCCGCGCCACACGCCGCUAGCACCGGCUCCGCGCCCAGCGCGUCCCCCACCAGCCAGGGCUCCGCGCAUGGCGCACCGGGCAUGGGAAUGGGCGCGGGUAUGGGCAUGGGCAUGGGCAUGCGCGCGGGGUUGAGUCUGUCGCAGGACUGCGACUACCCUGUGUCGCCAGGGUCGCUGUCGCAAGGCCACGCCACGUCGCCCCUAGGCCCCGGAUUCAAACCCCCCCGCUCCCCUGCUGGGGGAGCGCGCGCAACCGCCGCGGGCACUGCGCCAUUCGCCCUGUCCCCCGACCUGGCAUCCUCGCAGCAGCGCCACUUCCCGCGCAUUCUCUCCGCGCCCACCUCCUCCGCCGCCGCGGCUGCCGUGGCGGCUGCGGCAGGCGCGCAGGGGGACGCGGGAACGGCCCCCAGCAGCACGGGCAGCUCCCCCGCCACGUCCAUGGAGCGCCGCCUGCUGCCCCCGCGCCGCCCCUCCUUCGACGCGCGCGCCCUCGCUGCCCCCGCUGCAGCCGCGCCACCUGCGCCAGUGGGGAGCGCAGCAGUGGGGGGCGCAGCGGGAGCGCGGAGGGGCGGGGGGUCGUUGUCGCGCGUGCGGAGCUACGAGACGCUGGUGGCGCUGCGCGAGGAGGAGGGCGAGGGGCACGGGGGAGGGGCGGAAGCUGAGGAGGGGGAGGGGGAGGGGGAGGGCGAGGAGGGGGCGCGCGGGCGGUCGCUGGCGGACGAGCUGGCGGCGCUGGCGGCGGAGGACGAGGGGGGUGAGGGGGGCGAAGGGGGAGAGCGCAAGGGGUCGGGUGAGAGCUGGCGGGGGCGCGCUGUGAGCAGCAACCGCGGGGCGGGCAGCAGCGCUGGCAGUGACGCCGAGGCUGCAGCUUGGGCUGGGCGCAACGGGGGUGCGUGGCAUGUGAUGCAUGGCGGGGUAGAGUUGGUUCUCACCCUCUUCAACAUUCCAUCCCACCACACCAUGCCAUGCAUCUCCCCACUCAUGCCCUCUCCCCUCUCCCACCCCGCCCCUGCACGCGCCCAGACGCCCAACGCUCGCACCCCCGACAGCACGGCACCGCUGCCCCCCUCACUGGCCCUCACCCCGUCCGGCGGUCUCCCCCAGAGCGGCAGUCUGCCGCAGUCGGGCAGCAUACCGGGGUCGGGGGGGCUCAUGGCGGGCAGCAGCAUCGCCAGCACCGACACCUUCCUGCCGCUCGACAGCUUCGAGUCCUCGGAAGCUUCCCAGAACCGGCCGCCCUCGCGCUUCCAGCACCUGACGGCGAUGGCGGCGCGGCACGGGCAGUCGCAGGGGCCGCUGCUGGCGGCCGCGUCGCACGGCCCGCUGCACGCGCACUCCCACGGCGCCUCCUUCGGCCGCGCCGCCUACAGCAGCGGCCAGCUCGGCACGGGCGGCGGCGGGGCGGGCGGCGACGGGUUUGACUGCCGGCAGUUCACGGCGCAGCAGCUGGCGCGCGCCACGGGGGGGUACGCCAAGGAGAACCUUCUGGGAAGGGGGUCGUUCGGGCAGGUGUUCAAGGGCGAGAUGCUGGGGUGCAAGGUGGCGGUGAAGCGCCUGGAGGGGCAGGGGUGGCAGGGGCCGGACGAGUUCAGAGUGGAGGUGGAGGUGCUGUCGCGCAUGCGCCACCCCAACAUCGUGCUGCUCAUGGGCUGCUGCACCGAGGAAAUGGCUCUCGUCUACGAGUUCCUCCCGGGCGGCACGCUACAGGACAAGCUCGGCCCGCCCAAGGGGUCGGCAGCGGUGCCGCUGAGCUGGGCGGAGCGGCUGCGCAUCGCGGCGGAGAUGUCGUCGGCGCUGCUGUACCUGCACCAGAACGACCCGCCCAUCGUGCACCGCGACUUAAAGCCCGACAACAUUCUGCUGGACGGGCACCUGGCGAGCAAGAUCGGCGACGUGGGGCUGGCGCGGCUGCUGGAGGCGGACGGCGCCACCACCAUGAAGGUGCGCGGCACGGCGGGGUACAUCGACCCCGAGGAGGUGGAGACGUGUGAGAUCAGCGUGCUCAGCGACGUGUACGCGCUGGGGCUCAUCCUGCUGCAGCUGCUCACGGGGCAGAGGAGCGUCAAGGCCGUGCACCGCAUGCUUUCCGAGGCCGCCACCAAGGGCCGCGCACGCCCGGGGGACGUGGGGCCGGGGGGCGCGAGCCGGGCGGCAGUGGCGGUGGUGAUGCGGUAUCUGGACACGGCGGGGGGGGAGUGGCGGGCGGAUCUGGUGGAGCAGGUGGUGGGCGUGGCGCUGCGCUGCGCGGAGCGGCGGCGGGCCAAGCGGCCGGAGCUGGUGGGGGAGAUCCACCCGCUGCUGGUGAGGGUGGCGGCGGAGGCGGAGGCGGAGGUGAAGCAGCGCAAGCAGCAGAUGGACUCGCAGUUCCUCUGCCCCAUCUCCAAGGUACCGCAUUGUGCCUCUAAGCCCCUUUCUUCCACUGUUCUGGUACUUGCACUUCCUCCUCUCCCCUCCCUCUCUGCACCUCCCCUCCACCCACCCCCCAUUCACAUUACCCCCUCUCCCCCACGUUUCCGUCCCUCCUCUCUGCCCAUCACAGGAGGUGAUGCGGGAGCCGGUGGUGGCGGCGGACGGGUUCACGUACGAGAGGGAGCACAUGGAGCGGUGGAUGGCGUCGUGCACGCUGUCGCCCGCCACGGGGCAGCCACUCGCCCACUCCAGCCUCACUCCCAACAACGUCCUCAAAAACCUCAUUGCCUCCCACCGCCAGCGCUGACCUCCGCCCUGCCCUGCUGGUCGCUGCACCGCGUUGAGCCGCAACGCUAUUGA